AUGGCUGAAUCCCUCGCUUAUAUCCGUCAACACGCCGCUUUUCCUCCUACCCUUGACUCCAAAGAGGAUCAAAACUCUGUGGGAAAGUGUCCUGUGCCAGAUUCCACAAUUGAAGCCCAGCGCGCCAAAGUAGAUGCUGCCCUAGGACAAGACCAUCCCCUCCGCAAUAACCUCCGUCUAUGUCUCCUGGACGGCUUCCUUCUUUACUCACCCUCUAUGGCGGCUGUGAAGCCUAAUUUAGACAUCAAACUCUUUCUGAGAACGACGUACGCAAAAGCAAAGGCGAGAAGAGAGGCUAGAGAUGGAUACGUCACUCUUGAAGGCUUCUGGGCUGAUCCUCCGGGUUACGUGGAUAAGAUCGUUUGGCCCAAUUAUGUCGAAGAACAUGCUUGGAUGUUUGAAGAUGGUGAUGUGGAAGGAAAGUUUAAGAAGGAUGUUUUGGAUAAGGAGGGGAUCAAGGUGCAGAGUGAUGGGGGUGCUGAUGGAAACAUUGAAAAGACAUUUGAGUGGACAGUCGACACUAUCUUGGAAGAGCUCAAAAAACAAGUUUAG